CUCGUGUAUACGUGCUCAUGGCUUCAACACUACCGUUUCCCUACAGUCAUCAUGUUUGUUUGCCUCAAAAUUUUGCUCAAUCCCUACGGCGAACUCCGGUGCUUUCUUUUCCGUCUGUCUCGAUUUCUCAUGUUAAGUAUUUUUUUACAAAAGCAGUUUCAUCCUACAGAGAAGGAGCCCAGGACGCUAUCAGGGAACAAACUAUUGAAACCCCAAGUUCCGAUUCAACCCAAAGCCCCAUUUCAUCUUCAAAAUUGGUUCUCGUUGUUGGUGGCUCAGGAGGUGUUGGGCAGCUGGUGGUAGCAUCACUGCUUAGGCGAAACGUUAAGUCACGCUUGCUAUUAAGGGAUCCUGAGAAAGCCAAAUCAUUAUUUGGUGAACAAGAUGAGGAGAUACUGCAGGUAUUCAAAGGAGAUACUAGAACGCAAGAGGAUUUGGAUCCAUCCAUAUUUGAGGGAGUCACACAUGUGAUUUGCUGCACAGGAACAACAGCUUUUCCUUCAAAGCGGUGGGAUGGAGAUAAUACUCCAGAAAGAGUUGAUUGGGAUGGAGUAAGGAAUCUGGUAUCUGCAUUGCCCUCGUCAGUGAAGAGAGUUGUUCUUGUGUCUUCAAUUGGUGUGACAAAGUUCAAUGACUUACCGUGGAGCGUUAUGAACCUAUUUGGUGUCCUCAAAUAUAAGAAGAUGGCAGAGGAUUUUCUCCAGAGUUCGGGCAUUCCAUUUACUAUUAUCAGACCUGGGAGGCUGACUGAUGGGCCAUACACGUCUUAUGAUCUUAAUACUCUGCUCAAGGCCACAGCAGAGCAACGGCGUGCUGUCCUUAUGGGUCAAGGAGAUAAACUGGUUGGAGAGGCCAGCAGAAUUGUUGUUGCUGAAGCUUGCAUACAAGCUCUGGAUGUAGAAUUCACUGAAGGCAAAGUAUAUGAAAUCAAUUCUGUUGAGGGUGAAGGUCCUGGAACUGAUGCUGCAAGGUGGCAAGAACUAUUCAAAGCUGCAGAGUCCCACUAACUACAAAUACAUGGUUUGUGUGUGUAUGUGUAACAUGGAAACUGACAAUUAGGCAUCUUAAAUUACUGUUGUAAAGUGUAGUAUUCUAAUC